UACUACAUAAAUAUUAAUAAGGGUGGAACAAAGGUAAAUAAAUUACAUGAUUAUCACGAGCGUGGACGUUAAAUGUGUUUGCUUUUGUAGCAAUGGUGCACGAAUUGUUUACUUAAAAAUAAUCUGGGAAUAAUUCGAAAUUAAUUGAACGUGAUUUUAAAUAUCGAUGAAUAGUGAAUGGAUUGCAAUUUCGAUUGCUUUUAUUCAGUUUAUCCAAGGGUCGAAGAUGGAAGGUAACCAAUCUUUGUGGCUUUUGAAACCUAUCUACUUUAUAACAACGAUCCUUGCGAUAACUCCGGGUUACAGUUUCGUGCAGAAUGCGCCCUUGUCGAUAAGCAAGUUUUACGGUUACGUCUUCAUCGCUCUUCUUCUGAGCGCAAUAAGUUAUUCUCUGUACGGAAGAAUUAAGUACUUCGGCGUUUCGGAUAUAGCGACGUACGUGUUCUUGAGCUUCAUCUCGUAUGCAGGAUUGAGUUUGGCGAAUUUAAGUGCUUGUGUUAACAUCAAAUUGAGAAAAGGUAACAAAUUGAUCAAUCUUCUGCAAGGUUUCGUGGAUAUCGACAAGAAGUUGAACCGGAUUCCACCAAAGGAAAUCAGGUACAAAUUCUACUUGGAGCUGUGCAUCUACUACGUCAUCUUACUAAUAUAUACCUGUUACGAUGAGAUGUACAAGAUCUUUCUUUUCGGACGCUCCUUCGAGUUCUAUUUAUUCUUGCGAAAAUCGCAGAUCUUUCUUAGUCUUAGCCUUGCAAUGCUUAUCCACAGUUUAGUGAUCAACUUUAGGUACAGAUUUGCGUGUCUUAACGAGAUGCUGCAGAGCUGUGCUCUCCGCAAAAGCAAACACGGGAACAUGGAUACUAUCACCGUUUGCUUCAUCAAGCUCACUCAAAUGGUUGACGUCUUCAACGAAAUCUUCGGAUGGCAACUCUUGUAUCUAGCAGUCAACUUCGUUCUUGGACUCCUGCACAUUAUCAACGGCGCAAUUAUAGAAAUAUCCAAAAUGCCGAUAAGCGAUAUUCCAAUACACUUUUGGUUGAACUUAGGAUUAUACUUAAUUUCAAUACUGAUCCUUUGCGUACCUCUCGCCUCAUCCUGCAACGCUGCUGAAGAAGAGUCCCAGCAAACCGCCAUUUGGUGCUACUCUAUAAUCUCCACUUUAGGAGGAAGAAGGGAAUUGGCCGAAGUUAGAAAAGAUUUGAUCAUGCUGGCUUCCAUCAACACUUCACACUAUUCUGCUGCAGGAUUCUUCGACGUUAACCAUACCAUGCUCUUCACGCUAUUCGGAUCGGUUACAUCAUAUUUAAUAGUGCUCAUACAAUUAAAGGACAUGAAAAUAUGA